CGAAUUUUGCCAUGGCGAGUUUAUAGCCACAAACUAGAGUUCAACACGUGAUGAUGUUGAUACCGAUUUUAGCUUGAUGCUAUUAAUAUUAUUUGGAUUAAACUUGUCUGUGAGCAAGCACAAAAUAACACCAGCUGGAAGAUUAAAAGUCAGAUCGGGUCUCUGUACAGAAGAUGUCAAGAAAUAUAUCCUGUCAAUAAUACCCGCAAGGGGAGUUAGACAGUAUAGAUAGAUAGAUAGAUAGAUGUAUGACCUUCUUGAGAAGAAGUUUGCUAAGUUAUUAAUAAUACACCACCAGAAAGCACUAAGCAACUUGCUAAAUGCAUGUGAUAUAUUAAGAGGAUGAAAUGGAACACUGUGCAAAAGCAACUAUUCCUGUCUAUCCCACUUGCAGAUGUAACAAUGCAAGUUGCCAACCAAUAUGGGACUAAUAAAAGCUCAUAUUACAGCUUUAUCAGCUUUACAUAUCUAAAGUGGACAUUGCAUAACCACAUUAUAUAUCAGACAAAGGAUGCAAGUUUCUGAAAUGAUGUUGGAUGAAAGGCAAAGAAUAUCAUAGAAUGUUUUAAAAAGCAUUACAAGUACAUUUGUAUGUACAUGUAUAUGUGCCCACAUACACUUACUAUAGGCCUAUGCAAAGCAAAGAAAUUGCAACAAAAUGGUUGAAAAUUAGGGUUUUUUCGUCACGAAAAAGAAUUUUAAAGUCACUGCUCACAUAAGGUUUCCUGGUCUUCCCCAGAUGGUAUCCAUGUUUUCCCAACAUGGUCAUUUAAAACGCAAAUUUCUGCACAAGAAAUAGUUUUCUGGAGAAACCCUUCUGAGAGGUUAUGGCAGACAUGUGAAACAUUGAUUACACAAAUGUGGACGAGCACCACUCGCGACUCGGCUGAAUUACCCACCCUGGAUACGCAGACGAUAUAAGUACACUUCAACACCGUUAUUUCGAACACCGAUAAUCCGAAGUCACCGUUAUUUCGAAGUAUUUUUCGGGUCCCGAGUUUGGUUCUUCUUUGUUUAAUGUAAAAUUUCAUUGUUAAUCCGAACUUUGUUAAACCGAAAAAAUCGUUAAUUCGAAGUGAUUCAGUCGGUCCCAACACUAUGCUUCGCACCUAAUUAUCAAUCUUUAAUCCGAAGUAAAAACUGCAAAAUACUGAGCGUAAUUUCACACCUUUGUCGUGGCGCGUCAAAAGCCGAUAAUUACACCUUUGUCGUCUACGCGUACGCCGGUGUUCAGAGAGACAUCGCGUAUUAGUUUAAAAAAAUGUUAAUUCAUUUCCGAAAAUGUAUUCAUAUGUAUGUAUGUCUGAUCAUUUGUGAUAUUCGUUAUAUUUUAUAUGUUGUGUAAUUAGACAAAAAUAGAAACAAGAAAAAAAAAUCGUUUAUUCCUCCGUUUGUUACAAGUGGAAAUCUAUUGCUAUCUGACUAGUUAACGCUUUUCAGUAAGCGUGUAACCAAACCAUGCGAAUUCCACAACGUUUUUUUUUACAGAAUCAAAAAAGUCUUCGGUCAAAUGUUUAUUUCGAAUAAUCGUUAAUCCGAAGUUUUAACUUUAACUACUGCUGCAUGAUAUCGACGUGAACGUUAACUUCGAAGAGCAAAUGAUUGGAGGAAUUUGUGCAACACGUGGAAACUCGUAUUUUCUCGUCAACGAAGUUUCCACAUCACUGGAUUUAUUUUAUUCGCUCUGAGCAAUAGAAUUUAUUAUCAACAGCUAAGAUGGAGACAAGAACAUGUAGCCAGAUUGGGGGAGAUCUUAUUCCCGAAGGAAGCAGAGUUGUUUUCGACUGGGACAACACCCUUAAAGUAUACAAUAAAGAGACACGUACGAUCACGUCGCGAGUUGCCAAGAAAGAUUUGAAGAAUUGGAAAGAAAACCGGAAGUGUGAGUUGUUCGUAAUCAGUGCAAUACAUCCAACGAGACUAAAUUUGGAAACUCUUCUUAUAGAGGUAGAAAAACUCGGCUUGACAGAUAUUUUCAUUAAGGAAACAGAUUCUGCCGAAAUAUAUCCUGGGAAAUACGCGAGAAAGGGGAACGUUAUAAUAUGUGGUUAUGAUAAGGCGGAGGUUUUUCUGGAUAUAUGUAGUCGGCUCGAAACCAGUGAAGUACGAAACGACAACGUCGAAACGGACCCAGGUCAGUACGGCACAGGCGAAGACGAACCGGACGCAGUUCAUGAUGGGCUAGACGAAUCGGUUAGAAUUGAUGGCGUGGAUCAAAAACGGACGGUGCUAUUUUUCGAUGAUGAAGAAGUUAAUAUAUCAAAUUUUAGUGCAAUAGUAGAAGGAAGCAUUUGUUAUCUCGUUAAAUGAACAGAACUGUUGUUCGCGAACGUCCUGAUGUAUAUGUUAAAAAGUUAUUAUAAUGGUGCGAUGUUGUAAGACGAUCUAUAUUACCUUAUUAAUCACGAUAUUUUGUUUAGAUUUUAAUAUUGAAUAAUCCCUCCAUAGUA